GCCACCCUUACCGUGUACCUGCCUCCUGCCUCCCCUCGAAGUACCCAUGGACACCCACCGUGGCAAGUCUCCAUAAACCCCAAACGGCGCCUCAUGUUCCUGCAGACAGAUACAAGGUCAUGUCCAUGUUGUCUUUGUACAUUCAAGUAUGUAUAAAUAUUCUCUGAUUUCGCCUUACUGCUACACACCGGAAGCGGGGAGGGAGGUGGGAUGCGGGCUUUCCUAGGCUCGCGUAUCCAUCUUCAAGCGACCGCAUCCUGUGUCCAGAAUGCGUCUUUCCACACGUUUUGGGAUUUUUUUCUCGCCUCCUCGAAGCGUCUAGCUGGUCUCAGCGAGGCACUCCACGCCCUGUCAUUAUCGUCAAUAGCUGAUCAGCACCAUGUCCCCCCCGGCGUCGGCUGCCAGUGAAAGCAGCACCACGACCGUGUUUGAAGAGGACACCAGAGAGGAGCAAAGACCCCUCAAGCAAUCCCUGAGCAAGUCAUUGUGUCGGGAGAGUUUCUGGAAAUGUCUUCUCCUGUCCGUUCUCAUGUACGGCUGCAUGGGGGCGAUGGUUUGGUGUCACGUCACAGAGGUGACCCGCCUCACAUUUGACAGCGCAUUCAAAGGGAAAUCCAUGAUGUACCAUGACAGUCCCUGCUCUGACGGCUACAUAUACAUCCCUCUUGCCUUACUGGGCAUGCUCUACUUGGUCUACCUGGUGGAGUGCUGGCACUGUCACGCCAAGAACGAGCUGCAGCACAAAGUAGACGUGGAGGGCAUUUAUGAGCGGAUCCAGAGAAUGCAGCAAGCCAAGCCGUGCAUCUGGUGGAAGGCCAUCAGCUACCACUACGUGCGCCGCACCCGUCAGGUCACGCGCUAUCGCAAUGGGGAUGCGUACACCAGCACCCAGGUUUACCACGAGCGAGUCAACACCCAUGUAGCUGAAGCUGAGUUUGACUACAGUCACUGCGGAGUGAAAGAUGUCUCCAAACAGCUGCUCAACUUGGAGAAGUCCGCCCUCACGAAGAUGCGCUUCACCAAGUGUUUUAGCUUUGCCAACGUCGAGUCUGAGAAUUCCUACCUUACACAACGCGCCAGGUUUUUCACUGACAACGAGGGCCUUGAUGACUACAUGGAGGCCCGGGAGGGCAUGCACCUGAAGAACAUAGAGCUGAAGGAAUACAUCAUGGCUCUAUCCGACCCAGAGCACCACCCCUGGUAUCUGUCUCAUUACGUCUUCUGGUUUGCCUCAUUCCUCACCUUCUCAUGGCCUCUACGAGUCUUCACAGAGUACCGCACCGCAUAUGUCCACUAUCGUGUUGAGAAACUCUUUGGACAUGACUACAUCCCAGUGACGCCAUGCGAUGAUCGCCCAUAUUGGAGACGCAUCCCUCGUGUAAACACCAUCGACAGCACAGAGUUGGAGUGGCACAUUCGGUCCAACCAGCAGUUGGUGCCCAGUUACUCGGAGGCGGGCCUCAUGGACCUAGCCCAGUGCCCCUCCAACUUUAGCGGCAUUCGGCAGAAUUGUGAGCGGUGCCACAGAGCCAUCAGUUGCUCUUCAGUGUUCUCCAGAAGCGCCCUCAGCAUCUGUACAGGAGCCAGCUCCCGAAUCCCCUUUAGUGGCAGCAGAUUCUCCCUGGCCCGGCGCUACGGAUCACAACGAAGCUGCUUUUGGAGAAGUGGCAGCUUGGACGACCAGGAGAGUCCCAGUGAAAACACACGCUGUCUGUCAGAGCGACCCACCACAGACGAUGACGAACCCCCGGACUAUGACGAUGCAUUGUGCUACCCGGUGCUCAUUGUCCACUGCAGCGAGAAUUGCCACAACCACAGGUCCUUCCACAGGAACGGCUCCUGCGUGGAAACUUCACUCUGACUGCACUGACAGAACACCCGAGCAUACAGAUCUAGUCAGACGUUGGCUCACACUCAUCGUGGGACAGAAUGUCAUAUUCAUUUGGGGAGCUUCAUGAUCUAUUUGAACCGUUGGAAUGAUUAUACAGCUUGCAUCUACAGUACAACGGUUUUUAAAAACACGACAAUUGGCUGUUCAAGUUUGCAUGUAUUUAGGAUUUUCACAAAUUUACACGGGGUCAAAAUAUAUACAGGUUGUUUUUUAAGAUUGGGAUGACUAUAAGUAGAUUUGAGCCACUAUAAUUCUGACCUUAUGUAAACUGGAGAAGCUCUCAAAUUAAUCCAAAUUUGUGCACCCAAUGUUUGUUUUUAAACAUGAUUGAAGGUGUAUGUUGUAUACAAGUAAUGCAACCACCCUGGAAAAAGAACCGUUCAAAGACAGAGAUCAUUAAAAAUGAAUAUGACAUUCAUGUCAAUGAUGAGUGCAUACAAACAUCUGACAGGAACUGCAUCUGUAGCAUGAUACACUAGUUUAUGUGUUGUCAUUUGUCAAGCAAAUGCCUGAAUCCUGAAUGUGUAAAUGACCAAAGCAAUAAGAGUGAAUCGUGACAUGUGAAACCGGCCAGUGGGCCGAGACUGUUAACGCUGCAUAUCAUUGCCACAGCUUUUAAAGUCGUGUACAUUGAUUACAUGUAAAAAUGGCACUGCAGUUACCUCACAGGAGCUGGACUGAAGGGAUGAACAGAUGUAAACAUCUGUCAUUAAAAAAGCAAAAAAACGCAUCAGAAGAGUCAAUUUAGGAGUUUUCAACCACAGCAAUAACCACAAAAACACCAAAUAUGUCAAUUCAGUUAGUUACACCGAUGCAUAUCACGUGAUAUAAUAUUAUUUAUGCCAAACAGUAAACAUGAUAUAGUCUAAUAUGUCAGUUUAUAAUGUGUCGCUUCGUAUGUUGUGAUGAAAAUUAAUCAUGAUUUAAAUGAACUCAAGUAGCCUUUUUUUUUACACCUUUGCCAGACUUUUUCAUUGCGCAGAAUUAGGGGUGUUACAAGAUGACAUUUUAACAUUAUUUUUAAGAAAAGUACAAUGAAAAUAUGACUGGACAAACUGACUUUUUAUUGAACAGCAUCACAAAACAGCGCAGGUGUGUUGUGAAUUGUUUAUAGUUCCACAAAUUAACGCUCAAAGAUAUUAUUGUCAACGUUUUUGGAGACCAAAUAAACCACUGUUAUGAUAAUAUACUGUAUAAUAAUAAUAAUACAGCUCACUGUUUUUCUGUUCUAUUUGGUCUAUUUACGUCAGGGCCAUCCAGCUGUCCUUUUAUAUUCAUAAUUAAAAAAAACAAUUUCAUAAAAAAACAACAACAUUUACAUACAUUAUACAGGCAUACAUUUAAAAACGAAUCUUAGUGUUUUAUUAGUUAUUAGUAUCAACAUUUUAGCUUUUUCUAGUUAUACAUUAUGCCUUUUUGCUCUAUUUUACACUUUUGGUGGGUUUUAGUUUAGUUUAUUGCUGUAAUAAGCCACGUUCCACAAAUGGCCCCUAUGCCACACUUUGGACACCCAUAUGUGUUUUGUCAGGAAGGCGAUUGUGUCCAAACUCUACAGUACCUUCUUGGCUCUUUCGGUCAGGGACUGAGUUACAUUGUGGAGGGUUUUUUUUUACAGCUUUCAGAUGUGCAUUGCACGGCGUUACGGAAGUGGAGCUCACGUUCUUCACCUUUGUUGAUGGCUUGUAUUUAAUUACUGAAUAAAUGCAUGACGCAAGAAACACUUACAUGCGUACCCUUACUAGCUAAAUAUAUCGACAAUGUCGCUAAAUUACCAACGCGGAUCUCAAUUGCCGGUACGUGAAAGCUGGAGCUUAUCCAAAUGCAAUGAGCAUCAAUAGAAUUGCUCGGUGUUUAAGGGUGCAGACAAGUCUAAACAUCUAUGUGGGUUGAUCUGACAAAUCUUGAAGUAAAGUUGAUCAAAUGUGGAAUUACUACAGCUUCUGCGUGGACAUCCCUACUCAGAUAGUGUCUGUUUUGAGGUCACUUUAAAAUGAUUUAUCUCAGUUUGGCUGCUGUUUUAGGAAAUGGUGUGAUUUUUGUCACUCACAUAAUUAGCUUACAGUAGAUUUUGAAAUCAUCUGAAUGUGUCUCAUUUGGAAACUUUUACACAGAUGACAAGUGUAAUGUUUGUUGGUUCAAACAUAUUCUUUCUACCAACUGCCAUGAUUCAAAAAACUGGCAACUUUAAAAUGAUCACCUACAUGGAUGUUGUGGUCAGACAAGCCAGGGACAGCUUUCCAUUUAAAUUUACCAUACCAUGAAAAGGUCACAACUGUGAUUACUGCAUCUGUCAAACAACCAAACUCAAGUGUGCAUUGAUCUGCAAAAAAUGACACAAGAUCCACGCCCACGAUUGCAUGAUUAUGUCUGAACAUGUGUGUUAAGAAGCAUAAAACCUGAAUAUGAGCCACCAGCAUACAUCAUGGAGUAUAUCAAAUAUGUAGCGCAUGUACUGCGGUAAUAUAGCAGCCCUUUCAAGUACAGUUGAUGCAAAAAUGCACUUAUGUUUACACACUUAUUACACCAUUUACAUUUUGUAAUAUUGAUUCUUUUUUACAACGUCUAACAGGUGAAAAUAUUGUGUAUUAUAAACUAUAUGUAUAUGUAUAGUUUCAAUAAUUUUGUGCAACCAGUAUAUGCACUUGAAUUUACAGUGGAUUUUAUUAAAUGGAUUGAAACUGAAAGUUGAUUUAAAUGAAUUGAAAGUUAUGCAUUAUUCAAGCUGAUAUAUGGUAUAAUAUGUAACUAACAACCAGAAAACAGUACAAAUCUAAAGGUUAUAACUUAUUUUACAAAGUUAAAAAAUGAUUGUUUUUAUAUUAUUGAAGUGACUGCAUAAAAGAUGAUUAUCCAAAAAAUGUAAUCAUUUUCAUCAUAUGCUGAUAAAUAAUAACUGCAAUAAACGUGGGGUCAAGGCUA